AUGCCAACUAUUCCUGUAGAUAAAGAAGAUCUUUUUGGGUUAUUAGGAAGAUCUUAUACCACUGAAGAAUUUGAUGAAUUAUGUUUCCAAUUUGGUAUAGAAUUGGAUGAAGAUACUACUGAAGACUGUCAAGGUGAUGAACGACCACAAUUAAAAAUUGAAGUACCUGCAAAUAGAUAUGAUAUGUUAUGUAUUGAAGGAAUUGCUCAAGCUUUGAAUGAAUUUUUAGGAAAUUCAACAACUCCUAAUUAUACUUUAAAUCCAUCAAAACCAAAAAUCUCAUUAACUAUAAAAGAAUCAACUUUCCCAGUUAGACAAUACGCGGCAUCAGCUAUUUUAAGAAAUGUUUCAUUUGAUCAAAGAUCUUAUGAUUCUUUUAUUGCAUUACAAGAUAAAUUACAUACAAACUUAUGUCGUAAUAGAACUUUAGUGGCAAUUGGAACUCAUGAUUUAGAUACUUUAACUCCACCUUUCACGUAUGAAGCAUUAGCUCCAAAAGAUAUUAAAUUCAUACCGUUAAAUCAAACAAAAGAAAUGGAUGGGGAACAAUUAAUGGAAUUUUAUGAAAAAGAUAAAAAUUUAGGAAAGUAUUUACACAUUAUAAGAGAUUCUCCAGUAUAUCCAGUAAUGUUAGAUUCCAAAAGAACAGUUGCAUCAUUACCACCAAUUAUCAAUUCAAACCACUCAAAAAUAACUUUAGACACUAAAAAUGUAUGGAUUGAUGUUACAGGUACCGAUAAAACCAAAACUGAAAUUGUUAUUAAUCAAUUAGUAGCAAUGUUUUCAAGAUAUAGCAAGACUCCAUUUGAGAUAGAACCAUUAGAAAUUAUUUCAGAACAUAAUGGUCAAUCACGUGUCACACCAAAUAUAACACCAAGAGAAGCCAAAGCAGAAAUAUCAUAUAUUAAUUCAUGUUUAGGAUUGGAUUACUCAGGUGAAGAAAUUUCAAAAUUAUUGAAAAAAAUGUCACUUGAUGCCAAACCUUCCACAACUAACAAAGACUUGUUGGAUGUUAAAAUCCCAAUAACAAGAUCAGAUAUCUUACAUCAAUGUGACAUUAUGGAAGAUGCAGCUAUUGGUUAUGGAUAUGACAACUUAAAGAAAACUAAACCAAACAGUGAGAGUUUAGUAGCUGCUGCUUUACCAAUAAAUAAAGUUGCUGAUAUUAUAAGAUUGGCAAGUUCUCAAGCUGGAUACCUGGAGGUUAUGCCAUUAACGUUAUGUUCUUAUGAUGAAAAUUUCGCUUGGUUAAGAUUAAAAGAUGAUUCAAAAGCUGUUAAAUUAGAAAAUCCAAAAACUAUUGAAUAUCAAGUUGUAAGAACAAGUUUAUUACCAGGUAUUUUGAAAACUAUAAAAGAAAAUAGAAAACAUUCAUUACCAAUUAGAGUUUUUGAAUGUGGUGAUAUAGUAUUAAAAGAUGAUUCUUUAGAAAGAGGUGCUUAUAAUCAAAGAAAUUGGUCAGCCAUUUAUGCUGGAAAAACUUCAGGUUUUGAAUACAUUCAAGGUUUAUUAGGUAAAAUCAUGCAAACUUUGAGAACUCCAUGGUUGGAAAACCCAAAUGAAGAUAAAAGAAGAGGUUAUUGGAUUGAAGAAGAUAAGACCAAAACCACAUUUUUUGAAGGUAGAGGUGCUAGAAUUUUAUUUAGAGUAAAAGAUAACGAGGAAGCUAAGGAGGUGGGUAGCAUUGGAGUAUUACAUCCAGAAGUUAUGAAUAAAUUUGAUAUCCCAUAUGCUGCUUCAUCUGUUGAAUUAAAUGCUGAAGUAUUUUUAUAA